AACCAUUAUAUUCCCAAUUAACUCACUCAUCAUAACCAAAACCACCAAAAUGGCUGCAGCCACCGCCGCGGCCGCCGCUGCCGUAGCCUCAGCCUCCUCCUUCUCUCCUUCAAUCCACACCACUCUCCAAUGCCACCGCUCCAAUCUCCUCCACCUCAAAAUCAUCUCUCCUCAACACUCUCGCUUCUCGGCGGCGGCGCUCUCCGCCGUCGAUACGGCGGUGAUCGGCGGAGCCUCUUUCAACAAGUGGCGACUUGUGAGGGUGAUCGCCGCGGUGGCGCAGGACGAGGUGGCUGCCGUGGCCGCCGAUGAGGUCGAUGAAGCUGCUGCCGCCGCUGUGGAGGAAGCGGAGCCCGAGGCGGCGACGGGUGGUGGAGACGAUCGGGGCGAGGUGAUUGCUGAGAAUACGAAGCUUUAUUUUGGGAAUCUUCCUUACAGUGUCGAUAGUGCUCAACUUGCUGGUAUAAUUCAGGAUUAUGGGAGUCCUGAGCUCAUUGAGGUUCUUUAUGAUAGGGACACCGGGAGAAGCCGAGGGUUUGCAUUUGUAACCAUGAGCACUAUUGAAGAUUGUAAAGCAGUUAUCCAAAAUCUUGAUGGAAGUCAAUACAUGGGUCGGAUGCUGAGAGUGAACUUUUCAGACAAACCAAAACCUAAAGAGCCUCUAUAUCCAGAAACUGAGUACAAGCUUUUCGUAGGGAACCUUUCAUGGUCAGUGACAUCAGAGAGUUUGACCAAUGCAUUUCAAGAGUAUGGAAAUGUGGUCGGAGCUCGAGUUUUGUACGACGGUGACACCGGAAAGUCUCGAGGCUAUGGCUUCGUCUGCUUCGCCACCAAAGCUGAGAUGGACAUUGCCUUAGAUUCUCUCAAUGGAGUGGAACUAGAAGGAAGGUCCAUGAGGGUGAGUUUGGCUGAAGGUAAACGUUCAUGAGCAAAAUCAGAAGAAGGGAUCUUAUUUUGAGAUCAUAAAAUCAAUGCAAAGUCAUCUUGAUCAUCACUGAAUUGAACAACUUGAAUUAAUAAUGAUUCCCUUUUUCUCAUGUGUAUAACUCAUCAUUUUUCACUAUUUCUCUGCAUAUUAUUAUCUUUUAUUAUUGGUUAGCACCAGAAGUUUAUUACAGCUAUCAGACCCUUCUUUUUCUUUCAAGUUUUGAGAAUUAAUUAAUUGUUACAAUUAAUGUUAAUUAUAAUUAUAUGCUUUUUCCUGGUGA